GAAAAGAUACAAAGAGAUCAGAGAAGAAACAAAGAGAAAGACAAGGAAGAAGAGAUCAUACAAUUAAUUACUUAAAGAUGAGUUUUGGGGAAUUAGAAGUGUUACUGGUGGAUGCCAAAGGCCUCAAGGACACUGAUCUAAUAGGCAAGAUGGAUCCUUAUGUGGAGAUUCAAUACAGGGAUCAGCAACAGAAGAGCAAAGUUGCAUAUACAGAGGAAGGAGGAAAUCCACGGUGGAAUCAGAAAUUCAAGUUCAAGGUUCACCAUCCACUCGAGAACAACCCCAUUCGACACAAGCUUGUGCUUCGAGUCAUGGACCGUGACACCUUCUCGGCCGAUGAUUUUGUCGGAGAAGCAACGAUUAAUGUUGGAGAUGUGAUUGCGAUGGGGUUGGAGAAGGGGUUUAUGGAAGUGAACCCUUGCAAGUAUCGGGUUGUGCUUUCCGAUAAGAGAUAUCACGGCGAGAUAAGAGUUGGUGUCACCUUCAAAUUAAUUAAUUUAACCAAGAUGUGAUGGAGUGAAAAAAGGAGUUUGGAUUUAUGGAUUAUGCAAGUGCUCGAAGAAUAGAUAGAUAGUGAUCUCCUUAGUUAGCUGACCAAUUAUUUGAUUUGUUGUUGAAAUUGAAUUAAAUUUGUUUAGUUCAUUUGUUUAUUUUUUUUUUUUUUGGAAAAUGUAUUAAAUUCAUUUUAUUAUUGGA